AUGUCGAAGUCAAGUGAAAGUAAAAAAGAUCCGGCAUGGCAAUAUGCACGGAUGGUAAAUCGCCAAAACCUUUCAAAGUUCAUUUGUAACUUUUGCGACAAAGAAAUGAAUGACGGUGUUUACCGAGUCAAGCAACAUCUUGCUGGUGGUUAUAAAAAUGUUGUUGCUUGUAAAAAAUGUCCAUCUCAUGUCAAAGAUGAGAUUAAAGACUAUAUGUCUCAAAAAAGUCAAUCAAAGGUGCAAUUGAGGAUGGUUCCUGAUUUUGAUGAGAUGGAUAAUGAUGACGAUGAUGAUGAUGAAAUUCUUGAGAUAAAUCAACAUGGUAAAGGCCUGUUUCUACUCAAGGUUCUACCCGUCGAGAACAAGGAAGGACCCAUGGAUGUGUACUUCACCCCUGAUCCGGAAGUUGCAGUGCAAAAUCGUAAAGCCAAGGGAAAGCAAACAAGAAUUGAUGAUAAUGAUCCUAGCAAGAAGGUGUUGAGAGAUCGGGCUCUUGUUUGGUUUUCGAGGUGGAUGUAUGAUACAGGUAUACCUUUCAAUGUUGUGAACUACAAUAGUUUUGGGCCAAUGGCUGAAGCUUUUGGGCAAUAUGGUCCUGGCAUGAAACCACCAAGCUACCAUGAGGUGCGGGUUCCUUAUUUGCAGAAAGAGGUAGACCACUCUAAUAAGACCAUGGAGGAUCAUAAAAAAGAUUGGGUAACAUAUGGAUGCUCUUUAAUGGCCGAUGGGCGGAAGGACAAAAGAAACAGGGCAUUAAUUAAUUUUUUGGUUAAUUGCCCAAGAGGAUCAAUGUAUAUUGAAUCCGUUGAUGCUUCUAGCUUAUCGAAGGAUGCAAAUAAGAUGUUUGAAUUGCUUGACAACUUUGUGGAGCGUAUUGGUGAAGCCAACGUGGUUCAAGUUGUUACAGAUAGUGCCUCAGCAAUUGUGUUGGCCGGUUAG